UUUUCAGUUCGCUACUUGCCUCUCCUCCUCUCAAUCCACAAUCUGCGACUACAGACCCUCCCCCGAUGGAUGCGACAGAAACCAAUGCACUGAAAUUGUGAAGUUAUACUACUGCUCUUUCUUCACUGACUUCAUCUGGAAAUCAUUUUCCACCGCUGGAAAUUUGUUAUAAUAUCUUGAGGUAGUUUACUUGGAGAUUUUUCGUCGUAUAAAUAGACUAUCGCCGCAAAUACAGUGGAUUAACAACAAAUGCUUUUCACCCAGCUGGAGUUUAUCCAUUGCUCUCCUCUGGCUGGCCUUCUAUGACCAUCUGUUUCUCCAUCCAAGAGGUGAAGUAUGGAGGUCUGGUGAGCCAUCGGACAUGUUUUGGUUUGGGAUGACACUGGCCAGACACACCAGAGCCGAGGUAGAAAUAGAACGAGUAGAGAUGAGGACCAUGCAGUCACUGCAGACCUUUACCGUCCUGGUUCUGAGCGUUCUGAUUGGCCUGUCCUGGUCUCUGAACCCCAGGGAUCCCAAUGUGUGUAGCGUAUGGGAGAGCUUCCCAACCUCAGUGAAGGAGUCGUACGCCCACCCUUAUGACCAGGUGACAGAGGAACCUUGCUCUGAGCCACGCACCUCCUACAGAUGCACCCGUCACAGGAUCACCUAUAAGACAGCAUACAGACAGGCGGUGAAGAUGGACUACCGCCGGAGGUACCAGUGUUGCCCUGGCUACUACGAGAGCAGAGACAAAUGUGUCCCCCGCUGUACUAAGGAGUGUGUCCAUGGGAGAUGUGUUGCUCCAGACCGCUGCCAGUGUGAGGGAGGCUGGCGUGGCGACGACUGUUCCAGUGCCUGCGAUGACAAACACUGGGGUCCAGGUUGUGGUCAGCUGUGUAAGUGUGAGAACGGUGGCCUGUGCAAUCCUGUGACCGGUGCCUGCCAGUGUCCUCCAGGCUACAUUGGGCGCCGCUGCGAGGACCCCUGCCCACCAGGCACCUUUGGCAAGGGCUGUCUUCAGAAGUGCCAGUGUGGAACUGGGGGUUCCUGCGAUAAAGUGACCGGAGAGUGCCUGUGUCGAGACAAUUUCACUGGGACAUUCUGUGAGAAGGCAUGCCCAAAGAGUCGAUGCUCGCUGCGAUGCCCGUGCCAGAACGGGGGCAUUUGCCAGGGGAAAGGGAUCUGUGCGUGCCCCCCUGGGUGGACGGGUGAGGUGUGUACAGAGCGCUGUGCAGAGGGCAGGUUUGGUCCUAGCUGUGCCCAAGAGUGUGUGUGUCACAACCGGGGCCACUGCGACCCUGAGACAGGCCAGUGCCAGUGUGCUGAAGGCUUCACUGGAAACAGGUGCAGUGAGGAGUGUCAGGUGGGUAGUUAUGGGCGGAACUGUAAGGGUGUGUGCGACUGUGCCAACGGGGCUCGCUGCUAUAACAUCGACGGAGGCUGUCUGUGUGAGCCUGGCUUCAGAGGACCCCAGUGCAGAGAGAGGAUGUGUAGGCACGGCACCUACGGCCUUCACUGUGAACACACCUGCCUCUGCCACGAAACACACACACUCAGCUGUCACCCACUGAAAGGCGAGUGCACGUGCCAGCCAGGCUGGGCGGGGCUUUACUGCAACGAGACCUGCGCCCGUGGUUACUACGGCCAUGGUUGCCUGGAGCCCUGCCUGUGUGUCAACGGAGGGGUGUGUGACAGUGUGAGCGGGCGCUGCCACUGUGCCCCUGGGUACACGGGUGCUCACUGUGAGAGUCCCUGUAAGAGUGGUACCUAUGGGAAGAACUGUUCUCUGGUGUGCUCCUGCUCCAACUCAGUGGACUGCUCCCCCAUUGAUGGGACCUGCUUCUGCAAAGAGGGCUGGCGAGGGCGGUACUGCUCCAUACCCUGUUCUAAGGACACCUGGGGCCUGGGCUGCAACGCCACGUGCCACUGCGCCAAUGGGGCUUUGUGUAACCCAGCAGAUGGAUCCUGCACUUGCUCUCCAGGCUGGCAGGGGCCCCUGUGCGACCAAUCAUGCCCUAUGGGCACGUUCGGGCCAGGCUGCCUGAAGAGGUGUGACUGCCUCAACGCAGACGGCUGCCAGGGUGCCAGCGGGCAGUGCCAGUGUCUGCCAGGGUGGACUGGUGCCCGCUGUGCCCAGACAUGCCCAGAGGGUACAUGGGGACGUCACUGUAACCAGAGCUGCUUCUGUCAGAACAGCGCCACCUGUCUGCCACACAGCGGUGCCUGCAUUUGUCGCCAAGGUUACUGGGGACCCACCUGUCAGCAUAUGUGCAGUGCGGGUGUGUAUGGUGACCAGUGCAGUAUAACAUGCCCGUCCUGUGCCCACUCCUCCUCCUGCCACCAUGUCACAGGCCAGUGUGUGUGCAAACCCGGGUACACUGGAGCCCUUUGUGAACAAGCCUGUCCAGUGGGUCUCUAUGGUAAGCAGUGUACUGGAGUGUGUAGAUGUGCCCACAACUCAUCGUGCCACCAUCAGGAUGGGUCUUGCCUCUGCCCCCCAGGAUGGACAGGCCCUGACUGUACUUUACAAUGCCAUCCUGGGAUGUUUGGCCUUAACUGUGCCCAAGUCUGCUCCUGCCCACCCAACUUCUACUGUGACCCACAGACAGGGGAGUGUGUGUGUGAAUCAGGACCAGGGAUCGACUGCAAAAAAGAACGCUUUGUGAGUAUGAUGGUGCCCGUGUCCCCGGGGGAGAGGGACUCAUGGGGGGCCAUCGCGGGUAUCGUGGUGCUGGUUAUCAUGGUGGUGCUGCUGCUGGCCCUGCUACUGCUCUACCGCCGCCGGCAGAAAGACAAGCAAGCCAACACACCGACAGUCUCCUUCUCCACCUCACGCACCGUCAACUCCGAAUACGUAAUACCAGAUGUUCCUCACAGCUACCACCACUACUACAACCCCAGCUACCACACACUGACUGGGGCCAGACCCCCUCUACCACACGUCCCCAACAACCAGGACCGCGCCAUCAAGAACACCAAUAACCAGCUCUUCUGUAACGUGAAGAACAUGGAGAGGGAGCGAGGGCGAGGCCUGUUUGGGGUGGAGAGCAAUGCCACUUUGCCUGCAGACUGGAAACACCAUGAGGCUCGCAAAGAACCAGGAGCUUUCGGCAUUGACCGCAGUUAUAGCUACAGUGCCAGCCUUGGGAAAUAUUACAACAAAGUGACAGAACUAAAGGACACUGGGGUGGCAGCUAGCAGCAGUUCUCUGAACAGUGAGAACCCCUACGCCACCAUUAAAGACCUACCCGGCUUGCCCUUCGGCCCUCCUGAGAGCAGUUACAUGGAGAUGAGGACGACCGUGCCCCGUGAGAGGUCCUACACGGAGAUUAGCCCUCCACCAUUCACCACAGAAACAUUACGUAGAGAGCGCAGUUCCCUUGGGCAGGUCCAAGAGCAGGAGCCCCAGAAUCACUAUGACCUACCUGUGAACAGCCACAUCCCAGGACACUACGACCUGCCACCUGUCCGCCGCCCACCCUCUCCCACAUGCAGGAGACUGCCCCAAUGACACCAGCCCUACUCUGAACAUCACAAUCAGAAGAAAAACUUUACUGCCACUCAAAAAUGUUGGAAGGAAAUUGUCUUGGGGUUAUUCAAGGCUACAAAACAGCCCGUUGCACCAGUGACAGUCAGGGCAACCUGACAAAGACAUUAUGCCGAUGCUUCUGUCAGUGGGUUUAAAUAGUAACACUGCCCCCUGGUGGAUUAAAGUGGCAUUUUCUCCACCAUUUAACACUUGUGAUCCAGACUCGAGGGCCAAGGCAUGCGGGGAUAGGCUUUGAGGAUGCCAGUAUCACAGUUUGAGGGCAUACAUGCAUACAUUCGAGUUUGACCAAACUUGGGAUUCCUUCAAAUGUUAUUUUCAUACUACAGAUGAAGGGACUUGGCUUGGAGCACAUGAUUUGGCAUACAAAGCUUUUGGCCAGAAUUGCAUAAACCGGGACGGCAAUCGAAAGACAUUUUUAUAUCUCCAUGAUGUCAGUAGUUCAGUACAAUGUCCUCUCAAACCCCUUUUCCCCUCCCCUAUAUUCCAUAGAAUGUUAGCUUCCAAUUCGGGGAAAUCCAGAGCACAUUUGUACAGCUAGCUCCUCAAUGUUUUUCAAUGCAAUAUGUUGUAUAUAAUGUACAUAAAAUGGCAGAACAUUGUA